CACCUAAAGCAAUGCACGAACAACAGUGAAAGCAACGCCCCAACACGCUGACAACACCUACAUUAAACCAAUGCACUUCACCAGAACAAAAUGCUCGUAACUGAGGAGGACCUAGCACUCUCCCGGUGUUUGUGGUCCCUCAACAACAACAGUUACAAGGGCCGAGAUUCAGAGGAAAGGCUGCAACCAUCAUUCUUGAAUAAUGGCUGGCAUUGAAGAUUUCAGUGACAAAAAUGCUGUAUUCCGGAAGCUCAAGGCAAAGGCUGAGAACAAGAUGUGCUUUGACUGUAACACAAGGAAUCCUACAUGGGCUUCCGUUACGUAUGGGAUUUUCAUAUGCCUCGACUGUUCUGCUGUCCAUAGGAGCCUUGGAGUCCAUAUCAGCUUUGUCAGAUCUACAAAUCUGGAUUCGUGGACUCCUGAACAGUUGAAGAUAAUGAGCUUUGGAGGUAAUGGUCGAGGACAUACAUUCUUUAAGCAGCAUGGUUGGACUGAUGGAGGUAAAAUAGAAGCAAAAUAUACAUCAAGAGCAGCUGAACUUUAUAGACAACUUCUUGCGAAGGAAGUUGCUAAAAGUGUAUCAAAUGGAACUAACCACUUAUCUUCUUCAUUGCCCAAUGCUUCACAAGCAAACCAUGAGGCUAAUGGAUUCCCCGGGGAAAAGAUAUCAACCUCGACAAAUGAUUUUUUCUUUGACCAACAACUUGCUUCACCUGAAGUGACCCCUUCAAAGCCUGAAGUAUGCCCCUCAUAUCCAGCUAUGACAAACACAGCCAAGAAACCAUUGGGAGCAAGGAGAACUGUGGGAAAUAAGACUGGUGGACUCGGUGUCAAAAAGCUUACAACAAAGCCAAAUGAGAACCUCUACGAUCAAAAACCAGAGGAACCCACACCUACCCACAUUCCGUCAACUACUACUACUGCAGCACCUAGUGCAUCUCGGCCUUCUCGGUUCAGUUACUUGGAGAAUAACACAGAUAAAGAGUCAAAUGGUGGAGGAAAUCAUAUUUCUGGUCAUGUGCCUCCUCCUGCAUCUACAAAUUUCUUCGCUGAAUUUGGAAUGAAUGCAGGGAAUCAAAAGAAAACAAAUGCAAGCCGAUCUAAAUUACAGAUUGAGGAGAGUAAUGAAGCAAGACAGAAAUUUGCAGAUGCAAAGUCAAUAUCAUCUUCACAAUUCUUUGGUGAGCAGAACAAAGCAGGUGAUCCAGAAACAAAAGUUCGCUUGCAGAAGUUUUCGGGCUCAACUGGCAUAUCAAGUGAUCAGUUUUUUGGGCAUGAUGAAGACGAUUCUCCGCUGGAUCUGACAGCAAGUGAGCUCAUCACAAGGCUAUCAUUCCAGGCAUCCCAAGACAUGUCAACCAUAAAGAACAUAGCUGGUGAAACAGGCAAGAAGUUGACUUCAUUAGCAUCCAACAUCUUUGCAGACCUUCAAGAUCGUGUUCUCUGAUCAGAUUUUUUUUAAGGAUUUGUGGCCGUGGCUUAUAUGACUCUUGUGGUAAUAAGUUGUCAGUGUUAGACUCUGAAACUUUCAUUGUGUUGUGUCUAUUGUAUUGGUUGGCGGUAAAAUUCUUAUGGUGGCCUACAUGAUUUCGUAGAAUAAUAUAUUUAUUCAUUCUUUUAAAAAGAAAAUAAAUGUCGCCAGAAAUUCUAUCAAAUUUGAUUCUUAGGGCUGUUUCAGUGGGGCGUUAAGCCAUUCUUCUCUGAACAAUUCGAUAAAUUAAGCAUGGAAUUGAGAUGUAUAAUGAUAAGUUGAAUUUUCUAUUGUACCACUAUUAGAGAAUACUUUUGAUAUAUGUGAAGAACACUAUCGUUAGUUUCCAA